AUGGAGCACUCCCCCUCUAUGAACUUGUCCGUGGUGGAUGGAGAUGAGGUGGAGGACCAGCGCCCCCUUCUUCCACCAAGGAUGGUGCCUCCACCUCAGUCCUGCACUCCGCAGUGUGGGAUACACCACACUGUCCAAACAUCAGCCGAUCACACAGUGUGGCUGGACAGAACCCAAGCCAUGGCCACCACACCUUUGUACAACGGCCACCUUUAUGUCACACCUUCACCUCGCUCCGGCAGGAGGGGAGACAAAGCCAAAGGCAAAGAUAAGAAAGGUGAGAAAAAGUUGGGGGGGAGUAGACAAAAUCCAGGACACAAGGAUCGAAAUCACCAGUGCAAAGCCAAAAACGCAGGAUCUCACAGACUCCAGGAGAAAGUCACCUCUUUCACUGACAUCCCCAUUUCUCCCUGCGGGUCGCCUUUUAAAGGCCCCUGCAGGUCACAUUUAGACGUCAAGGAUGUUGAGGGCAGAGCACGCCGCAAGUCAGGUAACGUCUCUUUAGAGAUGCACGACCGUCAGAGUCUCCCAGAGAUUAUCAUUACCAGCAAAGAUGAUGACUUCCAAUCACACAACAAGACAUCUCAGUAUCGUCAGGACCUGUCUGAGGCCAAAGGCCUGCUGCCAGGAGCCGAGUGUCCAAGUCAAAGCCCCACUCCUGGUCCUCAGCCCAGUCCAAAGCACAAGGUGGACGGCAAGGACGACCACUACUGGAAGACACACAGCAUCGGCUGGCGGCUUGUGCGCAGGAGGGCUCUGUUCCUGAGGAGGCAGCGGCUGAGCGACUGCGCCCUAGCAGUGGGGAUAUUCGGGGUGGUGAUGAUGGUGAUGGAGACAGAGCUCUCCUGGAGCGUCUACAGCAAGAGCUCCAUUUACUCCCUCGCACUCAAGUCCAUCAUCAGUUUGUCUACAAUCAUCCUGCUCGGCCUCAUUGUGGCGUACCACUGCUGUGAGGUGCAGCUCUACGUUCACGACAUUGGUGCAGAGGAUUGGCGGAUUGCCAUGACAACCGACCGUUUGGCUCUGAUAGCCCUGGAGCUGGCAGCGGUGGCCAUUCACCCCUAUCCGGUGGGUCUGCUGGCGUACUUCCAGCAGACCACUGCUCGCUUGUCGCUGUCGGAGACAGAGCUGGAGAUCAUCCUGGCCCUGCCCAUGUUCCUCAGACUCUACCUGCUGGGCCGGGCCAUGAUGCUGCACAGCCGCCUCUUCACUGACACCGCAUCCCGCAGCAUUGGAGCGCUCAACAAGAUACACUUCAACACCCGGUUUGUGGGGAAAACACUAAUGACCACCUACCCCGGCACUGUGCUGAUGAUUUUCAGUGUUUCUCUGUGGAUUGUGGCAGCAUGGGGCUUACAUGUUUGUGAGAGACACCACAACUACAGAGACCUCAGUAGCAACUACAUGGAGGCCUUGUGGAUGGUCUCCGUCACCUUUUUGUCCAUUGGUUAUGGAGAUGUGGUGCCUCACACCUACUGUGGACGCAGCAUCUGUCUCCUUACUGGUAUAAUGGGAGCAGGCUGCACAGUCCUGGUGGUGGCAGUAGUUGCCCGGAAGCUGGAGUUGACCAGAGCAGAGAAACACGUUCACAACUUUAUGAUGGACUCUCACAUCUCCAAGAGGAUAAAAAUUGCUGCAGCGAAUGUGCUGAGAGAGACUUGGCUUAUCUACAAACACACUAAGCUGUCAAGAGAAAGAGAUCACACCAGAGUCCGCAUGCACCAGCGGAAGCUGCUUCUGGCCAUCCACCAGCUGCGUCGUGUGAAGAUGGAGAAGAGGAUACUUGCAGACCAGGGCAACACGUUAGUGGACUUCUGCAAGAUGCAGAGCCUGAUGUACGACGUGCUGUCGGAGGUGCAGGGCUGCAGGGGGGAGCUGGACACGCACAUCCACAGCCUGGAGAGGCACGUGGGGGAACUGAGAGAGGGCUUCAGGAGCCUGAUGCCGCUCCUGUCCAGCACCCUGUCCACGCAGAACUCCUCCAUCCGCCACCUGCUCAGGGAGAGAGAGGUGAUGACAGAGACUGCUGGUGUGAGUGGAAGCGAAGGGUAG